GGUACCUAGGUUCACGUUAUCCAUGUAAUCAUAAUUAAUUUCUAUUGGUGAUAUUGUUAGUCAACUGAACAUGAAAUUACGAACAGUAUACACAGAUAAAAAAUUAGAAAUAUAGUACUACUCUGCUUGUAUCCGAUGUUGUAACCAGAUGUCAUGAAGUAAAAUGUUUUCCCAAGGUAAGCCAAGUUCAAAGAAUCAGUUUCUAGAGCAAACUAAAGCUGCUAGAGAAGAAAGGGCCCUGGAAAGGAAGCGAGAAAAAGCUGCUUCUGUGAUUCAGGCACAUGUACGUGGUUUUGUUGCCAGGCAGAAGCUGAAAAAUGAGUUGAGGAAAAGUUUUGAUGCAGUUUUUCAGAAGAUUGAAGAAGAUGAACAACCACAGUUAGUCCCUGCUCUGGAAAUGAAUGAAGUCAUUCAAGGAUUUAUGUUUGUCUUACAUCAAUCUGAUGACAAGGAAAGAUUUGAAAGGCUUUGUCGUUACAUCAUCACCAGCAUGGACUCAAAUUCUCUCAAAUACUGCUACGUAGCAAUAGCUUUGAAUAAGGAUUAUGCUGUCCAGUGGAUACAACAGUUGAAGAAAGUCUUGUGGCAAUGUUGUAUUUUUCUUAACCAUUUAAAGCCUGAAGUGUCCAGAGAUACAAAAUCGAUGAUGUUGUAUCUACACAUGUUGGUAACAUUUACUAAUACUGCUACUUGGAAAAUAUUGAAAGAAAAGUCACGAGAGUCCUUGAAACCAGCCAUGAACCAGCUUUGUAAUAAUGUUAUGGGUCACUUGGUAACAAAAGGAAUGUAUGCGAGUCUCCAAAAGCUUCUUUACAAAGGCCUAGUACGUUCGAAACCCACAUUGAAACGUGCAGCACUGCUAGCAGUUUGCAAUCUAUCAUUAAGGACACUUACAGCAUAUCAGUUCUCCAACAACUACAUGAACUUGUUCCUUCUUCACAUUCUGUCAAUACCAGCUUUUGUGUACCAUUUAACCAACAUAUCACCCGAGUGUGUCACUUUCUUGAUGAAUCAUGAUAUUUUAAAGAAGUCAUUACAGCUUCUCUCAACUGAACAGAACACCAGAGUUAUUUUUAAUGCUCUUGAAGGCAGCUAUGCCCUUUGUCUACUAGCAAAUCUUAUAAACUUGGCAAACAAAGAUCUGGAGAGUCUUUCCCCAAAUAUCCUGGAUUUUGUUAAUGUUGUCACUCGUCUGAUUGAAAGUUGCCAGAAAUAUGUAGUCAAUAAACAGUCCAAUUUGACUCAUUGGCAUCCUAUUUUGGGUUGGUUUGCUCAGACAAUAGAUCGAGGUCUUCAUGAGUCACUAGUGUAUGUAAAAAUACAACUUCAACUACUGUGGAGUGGAUCUUUUGUCAAGAUGCUCUUUGCUGGGUUGUUUGAGAGUCUAGCAGCCACAAGGUCAGUGGAGGCAACUCCCACAACGUCUCAACCUAGCUCACCAAAUAGAUCAACUAGUACGUGUUCUGCAACUCCUUGCUCAGGUUUACUGAAGAAAGCCUUUGAGAGAGCUUCAUCUGGAAGAUCCAAUUCGGUUAAGUACAAAAGACUUGGAAGUCCAGAGACGACUAUAGUAGCAAUGUCUUGUUGUUUAUAUGAGACAGCACUAGCUACACUUAGACAAAUGAGACUAGACAUUCUUACUGGACUGUGUUAUCAAGACAUUGUGUUGUCAAAUCUGUGGAAAUUCAUAUGUAGUUUGGGACCUGGUGGAGGCCUAAAAUCAUUUCUUGAUCAUCUAGCUAUCACAUCUAAGAUAUGUACACCUGAAUUGCAGAUACUUAUUUUAUUCUGUGACUGUGCUACUCAUCUCAUCACGAUACUGGAUGACAUGGAGAUGUAUGAUCAACAGAAACCUUUCAAACUAGAAGAACUAACUGCCAUUUCUGCCUUUCUCAACCAAUUAGUCUUCAAACUGGUGUGGAACAAUUUAAUUGAUCUAAAAACCAACAACAGUAAUUAUCUACUCAACUCAGCACAUACGCUGUUAAUGUUGCUGUACAAGCGUGAUUGUCGACGUCCAUAUACUUCUCCAGAUCAUUGGCUUAUCAAAGAUAUCCGUGUAAGCAACUUCAUGAGUGAUUUGGAGAAAGGAAAGAAAGCUGCUCAGGUCCUGAUGCAGAGAGUUCCACACAUAAUUCCACAUAAAGAGAGAGUGGUUCUGUUUCGAAAGAAUGUAGCAGCAGAGAAGAAUGUGCUAGGACUAACAGAAUCAGCUUGUGCCUCACCACAGUCUACGCUUAUUACAGUACACAGAUCUAGAAUAGUAGAGGAUGGCUACCAACAGCUAGCUAUUCUACCUCCUGCUGCUCUGAAAGGAGUGAUAAGAGUGAAAUUUAUCAAUGAACAGGGCCUUGACGAAGCAGGUAUUGACCAAGAUGGUGUGUUUAAAGAAUUCUUAGAGGAGACUAUCAAGAGAGUUUUUAACCCAUCCCUCAAUCUUUUCAAGGUUACAAGUGAGCAGAGACUUUAUCCGUCUCCAACAUCUUGUAUUCAGGAGAACCACUUGUCUCUCUUUGAGUUUGUGGGUAAGAUGCUGGGAAAAGCUGUGUAUGAGGGUAUUGUCGUGGAUGUUCCGUUUUCUUCGUUCUUCCUUACCCAAGUUCUAGGACAUCAGCACAGUGCUCUAUAUAGCUCUAUAGAUGAGUUGCCAUCAUUAGAUCCUGACCUGUAUAGGAGUUUAACUUAUAUCAAACACUACGAUGGAAACAUUCAAGACCUGGAUCUCACCUUUUCUGUGGAUGAGGACUGUAUGGGACAACUAGUUACCCAUGAAUUGAUUCCUGGGGGAAAGGCUGUAUCUGUAACAAAUGAAAACAAAAUCAGCUACAUCCACCUAAUGGCACACUUCAGGAUGCACGUCCAGAUUCACGACCAGACGGCAGCUUUUAUUAGAGGGUUUCGCUCUAUAGUUAACCCUGAUUGGCUGACUAUGUUCUCCACUCCGGAACUUCAGAGAUUAAUAUCAGGAGACAACAGUCCAGUGGACCUUCAGGAUCUCAGGAGGCACACAAAAUACUUUGGAGGUUUUCACAACAACCAUAGGGUAAUCAACUGGUUAUGGGACAUCUUAGAAAAAGACUUUUCACCAGAAGAACAUAGUUUAUUUCUUAAAUUUGUAACCAGUUGUUCCAAGCCUCCUCUUCUUGGAUUUGCUCACUUAGAACCACCAUUUUCAAUACGGUGUGUAGAAGUAGGAGAUGAUCAGGUAUGUUGAAGCAACCUUAGAUCAUAAGCUUACGUUAUGACUUAUUCAACUCUGUAGUUUUUAUCUCGGAUUGCU